AUUGAAAAAAAUUAAAAAAAAUUCAAAAGAAAGUAAGAAGAACAAAUUCCCUCCAAACUGAUUGGGCAAUAUGCACGAGCAAAGCGGACAGAAAGCAAAUUAUCAGCCAUCCUUAAAAACCACACUCCACAUUACACAGCUCACAUCCGAAUCGUCCCUCUGCCCUAUAUAUGCCUCUUCAGCUCCCUUUCCCCACCUCUCCUCAACAACAUAAAAUUUCACUUCCUCUGAAAUUCUAGUAAAUCAUAUAUAUAUUCUGUUUUCUUUUCUUUUUCCCUUUCCCUCUAUCCAAACAGACCUGGAAAUCUGAUUUGGCCGCCAAUAGUUUCACUCUCCGGGUUCCUCAAAUCAUCGCAUUUAAAAUUUUUAGAUCCAUUUAGUCAUCGAUUCGUAGAUCAUUCUUCUUGAGAUCUUCUUUUCUGGAGUUGGAUUUUGUGCCUGCUACGUACCGACGGAAGCAGUCGAUCUGGAUUCUGACAUACAGUUGUUCUGAGAGCUCAUAAAAUUGGUAUUGGCGGUUUGCUUCUAAAGUGAGCGUAUGCCUGGGAACCAGUACAACGGUAAUUCGACCCAUAUACCGCAAAACCGUGUCGGAAGGCUCUUGAAAGAAAGGGAGCUGCUGAGAGAGCGAAGGAAAGGCCGGGCUUAUCUUUCAAAUGAUGUUACUGAUGAUCAUAGGGGGAGUGACCCUUCUGAGUAUGACCCAUCCUCUACAGAAGGUGACAACUAUGGAGGACCACCUUAUGUUGAACGACACUUGGAAGCGGCUGCAGCUGCGAGGGCGCUAGCAGAGGAAUAUGAAGGACAUGAUGGCAGGCCUUACAGGCAGAGAUUGUUGGUGGUGGCAAAUAGGCUUCCCGUUUCUGCAGUAAGGAGGGGUGAAGAUUCAUGGUCACUUGAGAUAAGUGCUGGAGGUCUAGUUAGUGCUCUUCUGGGUGUCAAGGAUUUUGAGGCAAGAUGGAUUGGUUGGGCGGGUGUAAACGUACCAGAUGAGACUGGACAGAAGGCACUCACUAAAGCUUUGGCUGAAAAGAGGUGUAUUCCAGUUUUCCUUGAUGAAGAGAUUGUCCAUCAAUAUUAUAAUGGCUAUUGCAACAAUAUCUUGUGGCCUCUUUUUCACUACCUUGGGCUUCCACAAGAAGAUCGCCUUGCCACCACUAGAAGCUUCCAGUCUCAGUUCGCUGCAUAUAAGAAGGCAAAUCAAAUGUUUGCUGAUGUUGUGAACGAGCACUAUGAAGAGGGUGAUGUUGUCUGGUGCCAUGACUACCAUCUUAUGUAUCUUCCUAAAUGCCUAAAGGAAUACAACAGUAAAAUGAAAGUUGGCUGGUUUCUCCAUACACCCUUCCCUUCUUCUGAAAUCCAGAGGACGCUACCAUCCCGAUCAGAGCUAUUGCGUUCUGUUCUUGCUGCUGAUUUGGUUGGUUUUCAUACAUAUGACUAUGCAAGACAUUUUGUUAGUGCUUGUACUCGUAUUCUUGGACUUGAGGGGACACCUGAAGGAGUUGAGGAUCAAGGAAGGUUGACUCGAGUUGCUGCGUUCCCUAUUGGGAUAGACUCAGAACGGUUUAAACGAGCUCUUGAGCUUCCUCAGGUCCAACAACACAUCCAAGAAUUGCAAGAAAGGUUUGCUGGCAGAAAGGUAAUGCUAGGGGUUGAUCGCCUUGAUAUGAUUAAAGGAAUUCCUCAAAAGAUACUGGCAUUUGAAAAGUUCCUUGAAGAAAACCCUAAUUGGCGUGAUAAAGUGGUUUUACUGCAAAUUGCUGUGCCAACAAGAACUGAUGUUCCUGAGUAUCAAAGGCUCACAAGCCAGGUACAUGAAAUUGUUGGACGAAUUAAUGGCCGUUUUGGAACAUUGACUGCAGUUCCAAUACAUCAUCUGGAUCGCUCUCUUGAUUUUCAUGCACUAUGUGCUCUUUACGCUGUUACAGAUGUGGCACUUGUCACAUCUUUAAGGGAUGGCAUGAAUCUUGUCAGUUAUGAGUUUGUUGCGUGCCAAGAUGCAAAGAAGGGUGUACUCAUUCUCAGUGAAUUUGCUGGUGCAGCCCAGUCUUUGGGUGCUGGAGCAAUAUUGGUCAAUCCUUGGAACAUAACAGAAGUAGCUGCUUCCAUUGGCCAGGCUUUGGACAUGCGAGCUGAUGAAAGAGAGAAGCGACAUCACCACAAUUUUGGGCAUGUGACAACCCACACUGCUCAAGAGUGGGCUGAGACCUUCGUGAGUGAGUUGAAUGAUACUGUUGUUGAAGCCCAGUUAAGGACAAGCAAAGUCCCACCAGAACUUCCACAAAAGGAUGCAAUUGAACGCUAUUUGCAGUCUAAUAACCGAUUACUGAUACUGGGUUUCAAUGCAACAUUAACUGAGCCAGUGGAUACUCCUGGGAGAGGAGGGGAUCAAAUCAAAGAGAUGGAACUUAAAUUGCAUCCAGAGCUAAAAGAACCCUUAAUGGCACUCUGUAAUGAUGGGAAGACAACGAUUGUUGUUCUUAGUGGGAGUGACAGAAAAGCCUUGGAUGAGAACUUUGGAGAGUAUGACAUGUGGUUGGCCGCAGAAAAUGGAAUGUUUCUUCGCCUUGCAACAAAGGGGAAAUGGAUGACAACAAUGCCAGAGCACUUGAAUAUGGAAUGGGUUGACAGUGUGAAGCAAGUUUUUGAGUACUUCACAGAAAGAACACCACGAUCACACUUUGAACUCCGAGAAACAUCCCUUGUAUGGAACUACAAAUAUGCAGAUAUUGAAUUUGGAAGACUUCAAGCAAGAGAUAUGUUACAGCAUCUCUGGACGGGCCCAAUUUCUAAUGCAUCUGUUGAUGUUGUUCAAGGUAGCCGAUCAGUUGAGGUGCGAGCAGUUGGUGUUACAAAGGGUGCAGCUAUCGAUCGCAUUUUGGGUGAGAUUGUUCACAGCAAGUCAAUGACCACGCCAAUCGAUUAUGUCCUCUGUAUUGGACAUUUUCUUGGGAAGGAUGAAGAUGUAUACACAUUUUUUGAGCCGGAGCUCCCCUGGGAUGGCACUAGCAUCACUAGAAGUAAACCAACUGAUGGACCAAAGUUAUCAGGGGAGAAAAGGACCGCUUUGAAACUUCCAGCGAGCAGGAGCGGGGGAUCAAAACCAUCUCAAACAAAGACACAGAGACCGGUGCCAAAUUCUGAAAAAAGAAGCAAUAAUAACCACAGCUGGUCAACUGUACGGCGGCCAUCACCAGAGAAUAUCUCCUGGAACGUGCUCGAUCUUAAAGGGGAUAACUACUUCUCAUGUGCUGUCGGCCGGACUCGUACAGGUGCUCGAUAUCUGCUUCAAUCCCCGGACGAUGUUGUCUCGUUUCUAAAGAGACUAGCAAAUGCUUCUCCAUCAGAAAAAUGAUUCAGAUUGAGUAGCGUUCAUGCAAAGAUGGUGUUCAAGGGACAUGGUUGUAGCCACUAACAAUAAUGUUAUGUCUAUUAAAAAUUGUAGAAUAUUAUUUUUAAAAAUAUUAAUUCUGUUUAAUUUGAUUGAUAAGAAUUAUUAACAAUUAAUAAUUAAUAAUUAAUAAU